AAUUCAUCUUGUCACCUUCAACAACACCGGUCUCACCAUUGAACAACGGUGCGCUUCGUCCCCCUUGCAACCCCCGUCACCCGAUCAUGAAUAAACGGCACCAUGUCGACAUUCAACGGACUUGUCGCAGAGUUUCCUGACAUACGAAUCGACUUCUUUCGGAGCCAUGCUGGCCGUCGUCCACCACUCGCGUGCUUCCUAAGCCACAUCCAUAGCGACCACCUGGCCGGGCUCGAGACGCUGCGCUCCCCCUUUGUCUACUGCUCUGCAGCCACGCGGGAGAUGCUGCUCCGUCUCGAGCGCUACCCUUGUCGCCUCAACUAUGCCAGAGGCAUCCUCGAGGCGCGCGUGCAGACGUACAAGCAUCUCAAGAACCUGCUCAAACCGCUGCCCCUGGAAACCCCCACCACCUUGGAGCUUGCGCCCGGCAGCCACAUCCAGGUCACUCUGUUCGACGCGAACCACUGCCCCGGCGCCGUCAUGUUCCUCAUUGAGGACUUGCAUCGCGCCAUUCUCUACACAGGCGACGUCCGGAGCGAACCCUGGUUCGUCAACUCCAUCGCGAGAAACCCGGCUGUCAUCGAGUACACCUCGGGCAUCAGGACUCUCGAUAAGAUCUAUCUCGACACCUCUUUUUUAAAGGACGUACCGUUCCAGACCAAGGCUGAGGGGAUUGCAGAGCUGCUCCGGAAGGUGGCUUCAUACCCCAAUGACACCGUCUUCCACAUCCAAGCCUGGACCUACGGGUACGAGCAGGUGUGGAUCGCCUUGUCCAAGGCUCUAAGGUCCCGGAUCCACGUCGACGAUUACAAGAUGCGCAUAUUCUCCGCCUUGACCGUCAAGACAUCCAAUGACCGCUUCGGUUCGUCCGUUCAUCUGUGUCCCGAGGCCCCUGCUCUGGCCGGCUAUGUCUGUGGAAACACCCCUCACCCAGGGUGUCUUACCAGAGACGAGCACGUUCGCCUGCACAGUUGCGAAAGGGGCAACUUCUGCAGUGUUGUCCGCAAUGCUAGCGUCGUAUCCAUACAACCAGUGGUGGCGCAUCUCGGAGGCGGCGCAGAUAUCGCUGAAGUCGGCGUCGGCGGGGGCGGGGAUGACCUGGAACGCGAUGCGGAACUCGACCCCCUGUCGGUGGAAGAAAUGAAGGCGGCGCUGAAGCUGAUCCACGAGACGACGGGCAUCUCGGUGGAUGCAAAGUCCAGGCUUCUUGAGUUCCUGGAGACCGGUGCCCAAACCGGCCGAAACGUGUCGUUGGACCUGGACAUGGCGGCCUUUGGGGAGAAGAACGAGGCGGCAAUCCUGGAUGCCUUUCAGGCGAUCGGCCAGAGUAAAAGGAACUUGAACGAGGAAACGGCCAGUUCUGCGAGCGAUCCGGCUGAUCGGUUGCCGAAAGUCAUCACGUUCCCGUACUCUCGGCAUUCGUCGUAUCCAGAACUAUGUGACUUGGUUCGGGCGUUUCGCCCGAAGGAUGUCUGGCCCUGCACUGUGAAUACUGCCGAGUGGCUCAGGAAUGGCACUUCCAUCCGGUCUCUUUUUGGAUGCUACUGUUCCGGAGACAGGUUCGCUCACGAUAUUGAGAUGGGGGAAAUAGCCCAUGAUGGUGCAGGGGUUCUCGAGCGGACGGAGUCCCAAGACAUUGACAGCAGUCAGUCGUCCGCACUUGAAGCCGAAUCUACAACGCUGCCCCCCUUACAGAGUCAUCAAGUCAUUGAGAUUGGCACAGCCGGUGUCGGGAUCGGUACGACGAUCAGAAAGACCAACGGAGAGUCCGCUGUACCUCAAAACCUCCUAGAAGAACCACGGAGAGUUGGCUGUCUUGGUGGUGAAGUCCAGGACACGCGGGACUCGUCUGUAUCUCACAUCUUCACGAAGCACGUCCACCCAUCUGCAGUUGCUUCACGUACGCGAACCGAUGCCUAUACAAACAUGGAAAGAAACGUCCUCGGGGGCGAAUGGACGCCGAUCGGCUUGCUCUCUACGGUCGAUCACCAUACGGCACCGGACAAGGACCUGGGGAUAGUCUGAAGUCGUUCGAUGUGUUGUGGCACGCGUGCAUGUCUUCACCUAUGACAUGGACAUAGAGUCUGUGAAGUCAUUGCAAGGUCAUGAUUAUCAUUGAAGGUCGGCUUUUGCUCAGGAACGAGCCACGAGAAGCUAAAGAAGAAAAUGGCAGAUGGAGGCUCACAGCGUUGCUGUGAUACAGCCUUCGCAAUCUUUGGUAUCAACGCAAGCGGCGUGUCAGUGGAAAUGCUGUUCACCAGUCUGCUGCGGCCGCAACGCUCCGGCCUCAGACACACCCCAUUUUCCGUCGAUAUACUGCCGCAGACUCUUCCCCCAGAACGCGAGCGGCACAGCAACGCCUCCGACGAUCAACAGAAUGGCGCCCAGCUCGAAGUUGGCGCCCAGGUAGCCCUGCGAAUCGAGCCACGGCGUGACGGCGUAGCUCGUCGCGAAGCUCAACAUGUAGCCGGCGCCCCCGACGAUGAUCAUGGCGGGCGCCGCCCAGCGAGGGAACGCCUCGGUGACCCAGAGCGUCGAGGCGAUGCCGUACGAGGCGGCGCUGAAGGCGUUGAUGAGAUAAGACACAAAGAUCCAGAUAAAGCUCCACUUGUAAUGCACCGUCAGCCCGUACAGGAAGACGCUGCCG